UCCUUGCCCGUUCUUCGCCCUGUUCCUGGUUUCUUCCCUCUCGGCCCUCACAAACUGGCUAUGAUGGCUGCUGGGGACCGCAGCCUCCCUCUGGCGCUGGUGCUCUCGCUGGCGGCCCUGCUGCUUCCUAGCUCUUGGGCUUCGGAGGUUGCGGGCGGCGGGGAGGCUCUGGGGUCCGGGGAACGGUUCAAGAUUGAGGGUCGCGCCGUGGUGCCCGGAGUGAGACCCCAAGACUGGAUCGCGGGGGCUCGAGUGCUUGUGGACGGGGAGGAGCACGUCGGCUUCCUCAAGACAGACGGAAGCUUUGUGGUUCAUGAUAUCCCUUCUGGAUCAUACGUAGUUGAAGUUAUAUCUCCAGCUUAUAAAUUUGAACCAGUACGAGUGGACAUCACUUCAAAAGGCAAAAUGAGGGCAAGGUUUGUGAACUACAUCAAAACAUCAGAAGUUGUCAGGCUGCCCUAUCCACUUCAGAUGAAAUCUUCUGGACCCCCUUCUUACUUUAUAAAGAGAGAGUCUUGGGGAUGGACUGAUUUCUUAAUGAAUCCCAUGGUGAUGAUGAUGAUCCUUCCGUUGCUGAUCUUCGUAUUGCUGCCUAAAGUUGUCAACACAAGUGAUCCUGACAUGCGGCGGGAAAUGGAGCAGUCAAUGAAUAUGCUGAAUUCUAACCAUGAGCUGCCUGAUGUUUCAGAGUUCAUGACAAGACUUUUCUCUUCAAAAUCUUCUAGCAAGUCUAGUGGUAGUAGCAGUAAAGUAGGGAAAAGUGGGGCAGGAAAAAGGAGGUAGUUGUUUCUUCCGCUCCUCCCAGAACCACAAUUUGCACAGCUCUGUUAUGUGGUACCAUCUGUACAUUCUGUGGAAGAACAAAAAGCCACUGCUGUAACCUUAAUCCAAUGUUAAAUUGGACACAAUACAACUGUUGUGUGUGGUGUAGCUUUUUAACCUAUUUAUGUAUCUUGUUCUUUAAAUAUGCAAGGGUUAUUAUGCGAGUUGUUAACAGUUCUGUAUGCGAGUUGUUAACAGUUGCGAGUUGUUAACAGUUCUGUAUCACCAUAUGGUCAGUGCUGAACAAACUCCUUUAUAGAGAAUGACAUUAAAAAGUUUAAAUUAU